AUGGCCAGCAAUAACACAGCCAAUAUAGCGCAAGCCAGGAAGCUUGUAGAACAGUUGAAGAUGGAAGCCAAUAUUGACAGAAUAAAGGUAUCGAAGGCAGCAGCAGACUUGAUGGCCUACUGUGAAGCCCAUGCCAAGGAGGACCCAUUACUGACCCCAGUGCCUGCUUCAGAAAACCCUUUUAGAGAGAAGAAGUUUUUCUGUGCCAUCCUGUGA